ACCUUCCCCCCCCCUCCCCCCCCCCCCCCCCCCCCCCGGCCAGGAGCGCAGCCGCCGCCGAGUCCUCUCAGCCCAGCGCUCCGCCCGCCGCCGCAGCCCGGCCGCGAGCGCCAAGCGGGGAGCGCUGGCCCGGCAUCUCCGCACCUUCCGGGCCGCGUGCCGACUGCAGUGGGCAUGGGGGGCUGCUGAGAGCCGCCACUCCUCCCCUCUGACGCCUCUCCCGGCCACUGGCCACUGGACUCCUGCCAGCGAGCCUCGGCCACCUCUGGCCACCAGUCCUGCGCGUGGCACGGCCCUGCGCUCUGCCCUCCGUCUCUGAGCAUCGUGUCCCCCGCCCUCCCCGCCCGCGCCCGGGACACCUGGGUCCCCCGGCGGCCCCUAGGAAAGGGGCGGGCGGGGGGGGGGCAUGAAGCCGCUGGAGAAAUUUUUAAAGAAGCAGACGUCGCAGCUGGCGGGGCGAACGGUGGCAGCAGGUCCCGGCGGGGGCCCCGGGGGCUGCAGCGGGCCUGGAGGGGGCGGCGGACCUGGCGGGGGCGGGGGUCCAGCGGGAGCGCCGCGGCCUCUGCAGCGACGGCAGAGCGUGUCUCGUCUGCUGCUCCCCGCUUUCCUCCGGGAGCCCCCCGCCGAGCCCGGGCUGGAGCCGCCCCCCGAGGAAGAAGGGGAAGAACCCGCGGGGGUCGCGGAGGAGCUAGGCAGCGGGGGGCCCUGUUGGCUGCAGCUAGAGGAGGUGCCUCCAGGACCCGGGUCGCUCGGGGGAGGGGGACCCCUGCGCUCCCCUUCCUCGUACUCCUCGGAUGAGCUGUCCCCAGGCGAGCCCCUGACUUCACCGCCCUGGGCUCCCCUGGGCGCCCCCGAGCAGCCCGAGCAUCUUCUGAACCGGGUUCUGGAGAGACUGGCCGGAGGGGUCACCAGGGAUAGCGUCGCCUCAGAUAUUCUGCUGGAUGACAUUGUCCUUACACAUUCUCUCUUCCUUCCCACGGAGAAAUUCCUGCAAGAGCUACACCAGUACUUUGUUUGGGCAGGAGGUAUGGAAGGCCCUGAGGGGCUGGGCCGGAAGCAGGCCUGUCUGGCCUUGCUCCUUCAUUUUUUGGACACCUAUCAGGGGCUCCUGCAGGAAGAAGAAGGGGCUGGCCGGAUCAUCAAGGACCUGUACCUGCUGAUUAUGAAGGAUGAGUCCCUUUACCAGGACCUCCGAGAGGAUACACUGAGGCUACACCAACUUGUGGAAACAGUAGAGCUAAAGAUCCCAGAGGAGAGCCAGCCACCAAGCAAGCAGGUGAAGCCACUUUUCCGACACUUCCGCCGGAUAGACUCCUGCCUUCAGACCCGAGUGGCCUUCCGGGGCUCUGACGAGAUCUUCUGCCGGGUCUACAUGCCUGACCACUCUUAUGUGACCAUACGUAGCCGCCUCUCAGCAUCUGUGCAGGACAUUCUGGGCUCAGUGACUGAGAAACUUCAGUACUCCGAAGAGCCUGCAGAACGUGAGGAUUCCCUCAUCCUAGUUGCUGUGGCCUCUUCUGGAGAGAAGGUCCUUCUCCAGCCAACUGAAGACUGUGUCUUUACCACACUGGGAAUCAACAGUCACCUGUUUGCUUGCACCCAGGACAGCUAUGAGACCCUGGUACCCCUUCCUGAGGAGAUCCAGGUCUCCCCUGGAGACACGGAGAUCCACCGAGUAGAGCCAGAGGAUGUUGCCAACCACCUUACUGCCUUCCACUGGGAGCUGUUCCGCUGUGUACAUGAGCUGGAGUUUGUGGACUAUGUGUUCCACGGGGAGCGCGGCCGUCGGGAGACCGCCAACCUGGAGCUGCUGCUGCAGCGCUGCAGCGAGGUCACGCACUGGGUGGCCACCGAAGUGCUGCUCUGCGAGGCCCCUGGCAAGCGCGCACAGCUGCUCAAGAAGUUCAUCAAGAUCGCAGCCAUCUGCAAGCAGAACCAGGACCUGCUGUCCUUCUAUGCCGUGGUCAUGGGACUGGACAACGCUGCGGUCAGCCGCUUGCGGCUCACGUGGGAGAAGCUUCCAGGGAAAUUCAAGAACUUAUUCCGCAAAUUUGAGAACCUGACCGACCCCUGCAGGAAUCACAAAAGCUACCGAGAAGUGAUUUCCAAGAUGAAACCACCCGUGAUUCCUUUUGUGCCUCUCAUCCUCAAAGACCUGACUUUCCUGCAUGAGGGGAGUAAGACCCUGGUAGAUGGUUUGGUGAACAUUGAGAAGCUGCAUUCAGUGGCCGAAAAAGUGAGGACAAUCCGCAGAUACCGCAGCCGGCCCCUUUGCUUGGAGAUGGAGGCAUCCCCCCACCACCUGCAGACCAAGGCUUAUGUGCGCCAGUUCCAGGUCAUCGACAACCAGAACCUCCUCUUUGAGCUCUCCUACAAGCUGGAGGCUAAUAGUCAGUGAGAACUGGGGGUACUGCUCACCCCUCCACAGGGUCCUUGGACACCUGGCACUCAAGCACUUUGAACGAUGUCCCAACCCACGUCUUACCUCUUCCCUGGAGCAACUUCCCAUCCACCAAGGAAACUGUUGGGUGAAUUCAUCCCUGGGCUUAUGCCCUAUUCAUCUCUCUGAAGUCUGCCCCUUGCUCUCCUUCAAGUCCAAACCCCAGCUGGUUCCUGCCCUCAAGUGGGAAAGGGGGUUGAGAGCUCCUCCCUUUGUCCCCUUGCUUUGAGUUGUGUUCCAGAGAUGGAGUUUACAGCCACUUUUUCAGGAGCAGGAAGGAAAGUUGCCCACCCUCAGCUCACCGAUCAGAAUUGUGGGAGAGACUGGCACCCUUCCUGUCUACCACCUGUCUGACUUCUCCCUGGUCUGACCUCCCUUGGAUGUACCCCCUAGAAAAUUAUGUUGUGUGUGUGUAUGUGUGUGUGUGUGUGUACUUAUAAGGAGUAAGUGCUGUGGUAAUUGAGGGAGGGUGUUGUGUAUACUGUGUGUGUGCACAGACGUCCUUCUGUUUGGUGCUACCCUUGUCUUCUCUACCCUGGGACAUUGCAGGGUGCUCUCCUCACCCCCACUGCUCCCUACUGCCCUACAUGUCCAGGCUUGUGGGUGAAGUUGCUGGCAGGGGCAGGGAGCAGCAGUAGGUGGGAGGGGUUACCUGUCAGCCCUUGCAAGUCCCCCGCCCCCUCAGGCCCCCCAAAGUCCUUAGGUAGGCUUCAUCAAGAGGGUAAAAGUUGCUCAGGGAAACACAGGCCUCAGUUGCCUCCAAGACCCUCCUGCUGCAGUGCAGUGAGGUGGGGGCAGGGAGGCAGUCUCAUGAGUUGGGGUGCCUGCUGCUCAUAGUCCUGCUUUCUGAAGUGUCUCACUGCUGAGAAGGGAGUGAGUUGUCACCCCCUUCUGGCUCUUGUGUCUUGACACCAACUACAUGGUACCUUCUCUCCUCCCUGUCUUGAUUCUCUUUUUGUCCUCCCCAUCAACCAUCAAUGCUGGGGUGGGAUUAAACCCCAUAUACCAGGGGUAGGCAGCCCCCAAAAGUAGGGGGGAGGGGUGACAGAGACUAUAAAGGCAACACUGGACUCCGGAAGAUGCCUUUACUACCCUCUUUGUCUCCUCUCCCAUUCCCAUCACUAGCCUCCAGGGUUUGAGGGGUGCAGGGGCUCUUGGCAGCUACUGAGCGAGGUUUCCUGACACAUCCUCCCCCUCCUUUGUGGAACUACCCCUUUCCCUUCUGAAGACGCAGCCACAGCAGCAAAGAGCAGUGGCCACUCCAGCUCUGAGGGUGUAUAUAUGUUUUUACCAAAAACUCUGGAAUUGUAAAUUUAUUUUUUAAAACCAAAAGAGGGAAAGAGUCUUGUAUCAUAUGUAAAGAUUGUAUCAUAUGUCCUGUUGUACAGUCCCUUUUAUAACAUGGUCUGUUUUGUUCCUGCUACCAAAAAACAGCCUACUCACCACCACCCCAUAGACACAGAUGGGCAACCCACCCCCCCACCCCCGCUCCCUGCCUCCUUUCUGCAACUGCUGAGGCAUCUUACUCCUCCUGACCCCUCAUUCCAGCCCUAACACUGGACACUACUGGUCCAGUCUUGGCACCUGCCCUGCUGCCUCCCAGAGGACCCUAGGCCCCCUCCCCACAUCCUGCAGCUUUAACAGAGUAAACCAUGUGUGCUGUACAGGCUCAGUUCUCAUCACAAAAACCACCAGGGAGGAAAAAAAAUCUGAUAAAAGUCUAUGAAUCAACCCUCCUGCUGCUCUCCAUUCUGUUUCUUUGAGACUGGGGAAGGGCUGAGCUCUGGGUUUCUUAAGUAGGGCAGGACUGUAGUGACUUUGAAAAUAUGGAUGACAGCAGCCCAGGAGGUAAUACAGAGGGUAAAGCAUUGGAUUCUCAAGCAUGAGAUCUCAACUUUGAUUGCCAGGUUUGAUCACUGGCAUUGCAUGUGCCAGAGUCAUUCUCUGGUUCUCUCUCUCUCUCCUUUCCCUUGCUAAUAAAUAAAUAAAUAAAUAAAUAAAUAAAUAAAUAUUUUUUAAAAAUUGUGGAUGAGAGGAAAGAUCCUAACCUUAUGAGAUAUAUCCUAUAACACCUGGAGCUUUGGUGAAUAAAUGAGUUAGGUCUAAUGUGA